AUCUAGUCGUUGUACGCUACUGACGUAUACCAAAUCGUGCGAUAAUUUUAACAACAAUACUCAAGUUCGAUUUAUUUUGUAAUAGAUCAUUACUCGUAGUAGUAGAAAUUUGGUAUAAAUAACAAAAAUGAAUGUGACAUAUUUUAUAACUAUCUUAUUCGUGUAUUUAUUAAAACAAGCUGAUUGUAUAAAGUGUUAUGAAUGUUUUGUAGUGUCUCAUCCCGAUAUUGCUGUUGAUAAAAGUGCCCACAGGCUAUGCAAAGAUUUCGAUUAUUCCAGUGGCUUUGUUAGAGAAUGUAAAAAUUCUACAUUCUGCACGAAAAGUAUUAUCAAAACCAACAUGCUAGGUCCUAAAAUUGAAGUGGAGAGAGGAUGUGCGAAACAAAUAUAUUCAUUUAUGAGUUACAAAAAUAAUCAAUGGUAUAACGAAUAUAAAAUUAUAGAGGAUGCAUAUAAAGAUGGUUGUUAUAAUUUAAACAAUCAGAAGAGAAGUGUUAGUGUUGAAAAUUGUUAUUGUAAAAGUGAUUUGUGUAAUUCCUCAUUGACAUUAAUACCGCAUUUGUAUUCGUAUUUAUGGAUUAUAAUAUUUUUUAUAAAUAUCUAACAGAGUGUUUAUUAGUAAUAAUUUUGUGAUUAAUAUUUAGAUAACAAUCUGUGAUAAGGUUUGUAUUAUUAUCUCUAGAUAACUUUGGAUCGUGUUUUGAAUGAUUAAAUUAAAUACCUCAAUAUCGAUAAAACGGGUAAGAUGGACUUUAAAAAAAAUGUAGUAGAAACUAGAAUAGUUAUAUUUUAAAACAUUAAAAAAUAGUUAUGGAUUAUCUGCGUUAAAGUGAAAAAUUUUGUAAGGCCAAAGAAUCUUUGUGCAUUAGAAUGGCGUCUGCAGACCAAAAGUUAUUUGUAAUUAUUUCCGUAAUUAUACUUUUUCUUUUAAUUGUAGAUAAACGUCCAACUUAGGUGGUUCAGGCAUUUAUUUUUUUUAAAUUAAUUGUUUUUAAUUAAAAACGUGUGGUAGAAAAUGGACUAUUUUUAGACAUUUUUCAUUGUAAGAAUAAACUACAAAUUCAAUAAAUUUUCUGAAAAUGAAACCUUGAACCACCUAAGUUAAAUAUUUUCCUAUCAAAUCGUUCAAUCGGAAAAUACGAAAAGACUCAGACCUCUGAAUUAGGACUAAAAAUGGCGUCCUCACUUUCCGAAAAUGAUCAAUAAUUAGUUCAUCCAUGCUUCCAUAGAUGGAUCGAAAAGAUAUUACAUUUCGUCAUUGUAUAAAGAACUAAUAGUAGUCUCACCUUAUGGAAGUUUCAUUGGAGCGAAAUGGAUACUACUAAUAGAUGGCGCUAGUGAAUUUGGAUAAGUCGGUAGUCGUUUACAGUCGCUUGUAUUCAAGAGGGCGGAGUUGAGGGUCCAGCUGAAAUUUUAGCUGAUGACGGAGACCGAUGGGUUUCUAUUUUUAGCUCUUAGAUGAAAUUUUGUUCACUCG